GAGAGAGGUCUCAUCUGCCAAGACAAGAACCAAAGAAGCAACUUGAAACAUUUCAGGGUAUGGAAGAAGAAUUUCACGGCGGGAUUUGCGGAGGAGCGUGGUGGAAUUCGACGAAAUCCAUGUUAGCAGGGUGUUCCCCGCCGUGUUCUACGGAGGUUUCCGACAUGGGAAGCUUCGGAUACGGCACUGAUAUGGUGGAUGUCAAGGCAAGCUCCAUAGUUUUACAGGGUCAUCUUCCUCCUCCACAUCAAAAGCUUCGGGAAGCUGAUUCAGACAGCACUGGCAGCAGUAUUUUGUUUGAUUCUACUUUACAAAUGUUGGGUUUUAACCUCCCAUCAUCGACAACCUCGGACUGGAACUUGUCUUUGCUUCCAAGUAAUGGGAGAACCGAGAGUUAUAAUUCGAUUCUUCAACAAGACAUUGAUUCGAGGUUGAGUUAUCGGCAAGAACCAGACAUGUGCUCUUCUCAAAUCCUCAAGGAUUGGUGUCCGAUGAGCUUUUCAAGCCGAGGGAAAGAUUCUUCCAUUACUGCUUUUGAACCUAUCUAUCAACAUUUUCCAUCGGAGCAACUGAGGUUGACUUCGGCUAUCAACUCCGGUAAUGGUAUACCGACCACGCUCCAAAUGGACUCGGCACUGUAUGAGUACCCAUCGACGUUGUUACCGACGUGCUGGUCGUCAAUAAACUAUAUAUCGUCUACAACAGCCAAUUAUGGGGCAAACACUAAUGAAUUAUCACCUUUCAUAAGUCCAUCGUUGCUGAAGCAACAAUUUCUUGUACAUCAAGCAUUCAACGAGAAACCUAAUUGCUUCAGCCCCACGGCAAAGACUAAUUCCGAAGAAGUCCAAGACUCCGGUUCGGUGGCGACGAAGAAAGGAAGCAGUGAACCUCCAUUCAAGAGGCCAAAGCUUGAAACACCAUCUCCGUCACCAACUUUCAAGGUUCGGAAAGAGAAGCUAGGGGACCGAAUCACUGCUCUCCAACAAUUGGUUUCACCUUUCGGAAAGACCGAUACCGCAUCUGUUCUCCAUGAAGCCAUUGAAUACAUCAAGUUCCUCCAUGAUCAAGUCAAUGUUCUAAGUAUUCCAUAUAUAAAACAAGCAGUAGUUUCCCAGGUGAAAGAUGCAGAUGAGCCAAAACAAGAUCUAAGAAGCCGGGGGUUAUGUUUAUUGCCGAUAUCGAGCACAUUUCCUGUUACUAAUGAGACCACAACUGAUUUUUGGAUGCCAACUUUUGGUGGAACAUUGAGGUAAAGAAGAAGACAAUUAAUAAAGGUAAACGAAGGCCAUAAAAUAAAAGGAAAAGGAAAGUGACGGUCCAAAGAUGGUAUCGACAGACACGAACACAGUGUGAUGGGCCAGCUUCUACAAAGAGAAUGAUAAUCAUAGCAAGCAAAGUCUUUGAUACAUAAAAGAAAAGAUAACCACAGGUUG